AUGAUCUUGGAUUGGAAGAUGUAUAAUCCAUAUGGGCGGAGUGGAAAAUGUCAAAAAACGGAGUCAAUGAAUGGUUCCACAUUUCGUGCUGCAGAUCAGUAUGAUUUCUCCAUCAUUGUCCCAGGAGGUGGACAGGAAUGUUUCUGGCAUUAUGCAGACAAAGCAGGCUACUUUUACUUCAAUUAUGAGGUGCAGUGGGUGAUGGGAUUACAGAAUGAUCGAGCUAUCACUGCCACAGUUAAUGUACCUACUGGACAAUUGAUAGAUACAUCCAGUGAAGCAAGUGGCCAAAUCAACUUCAAAACCAAUGAAUCAGGUUUUUAUCAACUUUGUUUGAACAACGUUUUGUCACACUUUGGAUCGAAGCAGAUCUUUAUCAGUUUUGGAGUUUACUAUGAUGGUUUUAGUGAGAGAAAAGAAGCAGAAGAUAAAGAAAAACUUCAACUGAAUAACACAAUUUCUGCUAUUCAGGAUACUACUAUCAAAGUGGAAAGCUGUGUCUUCCAUAUGUGGAGAUUUUAUAACUUUGCCAGGAUGCACAAAGGAGCUGAUUACUUCAUUGUACAAGCAAGCAAUAACUAUGUGAAUUGGUGGUCAUUUGCCCAGAGUGCAGUCAUUGUUUCAUCUGGUGUUUUACAGCUUUACUUUCUGAAGCGCCUGUUUGAUGUGAGAGUCACCACUGCAAAUGAAAAAUCCAGAUGUUAG